AUGGCGUCUUGGAAUCCGCAGCCGGAGGGCCUGGCGGAACUUGUGGAGUUGUUCCGCCAAUCCACCAGUACGGAGCGGGAUGUGCAGCGUCGCAUUGCACACCGCCUUGAUGCUAUUAGCCAAAUUCCCGACUACUUAAACUAUGUGGUGUUGGUAUUUGUUCAGAUGACUGGCGAAGAGGUAUCCACGCGCAGUGUGGCAGGCCUGUUAGCUAAGAACCACCUGUACUUCAACUCACAACGUGUGUCGCCCGAGUCUCUGGAAUAUGUCAAGCAGCAAAUUCUGCCUGCGCUUGGGUUUUCAGAUACUGUGCUCCGCAAUGUGGCAUCGCAGAUUGUCGCGGUCCUCAUGCAGGUCGUCAAGCCGGCCCAGUGGGUUGAUGGCCUCUCUUUGCUGAUGCAGUCUAUGGAGUCGCCCAACGUGGACGAGGCCGAAGCGGCUCUCAGCACGCUGUCCAAAAUUAGCGAGGAUAUGCCGGAAGACAUGGAUGCUUGCGAGAUUCAUGGUGUGCGCCCCUUGGAUGUACUUAUUCCCAAAUUGCUACAAGCGACGAGGCACUCGGAUACGCGCAUCCGCGUGCAUGCCCUCAACAGUCUCAACCAAUACAUCCAGAUCGGCUCGCCGUCGAUGAGCGCGAAUAUCGAUGCCUACAUUGCAGCGCUCUUUGAGCGCGCGACGGACGAUCGACCAGUGGUGCGCAAGUAUGUAUGCAAGGCACUUGUGUAUGUGCUUGGCUCCUGGCCCGAGAAACUCUCGCCGGAGAUGAACAACCUGGUCGACUACAUGCUGUACUCGACGCUGGACAAGGACGAAGAUGUGGCACUAGAAGCUGCCGAAUUCUGGCUCCAGUUCGCCGAAGAGUCACGCAUCGCACACCAGCUGCGCCCCCACCUGCCCCGCAUUAUACCUGUGCUGCUGCAGUGCAUGGUCUACAGCGAGAUGAGCCUACUGAUGAUGGGCGAUAUUAGCGACGAUGCAUCGCGUCCUGACCGGCCGGAGGAUAUCAAGCCGCGCCACUAUGGUGGCGCGACCCAUCGCAGUGAACACAUUCGUGAUCCGGACCACCCUGAGAGCACCGCGCACCGUUCGCGCGCUGGCAUUGACGCCGACUUUGACAAAGAUGAUGUCUACGACGAUGAGGAUGAAGAUGACGACGACUUUGACGACGACGAGGAGGCGGGCAGCUGGAAUUUGCGUAAAUGCUGUGCAGCCGCACUUGAUGUGUUGGCCGUGCAGUUCGGGGACGAAAUUCUGCCGACGUUGUUGCCGCUGCUCAAGGACCGCCUGUUUAGCGACGACUGGAUCCAGCGCGAGGCAGGUAUUCUUGCACUUGGUGCCAUUGCAGAGGGCUGCAUCCAGGGCGUUGAGCCGCAUCUGCCGACGCUCGUUCCGCUGCUCGUCAACACUCUCAAGGACGGCCAGCCAUUGGUGCGCUCUAUUACCUGCUGGACACUUGGCCGGUACUCGAGCUGGUGUGCAGGCGCGACGAUGGAGCACCAGGAGCAAUACUUUUUGCCUGUGCUGGAAGGACUCCUGGCAAUGGUGCUGGACAACAACAAGCGCGUGCAGGAGGCGGGCUGCAGUGCGUUUGCAACACUUGAAGAAGAAGUAGGUCCGGCGCUUGCGCCGUUCCUGGAGCCCGUGUUACGCGCACUGGUGAUGGCCUUCGACAAGUACCACCAAAAGAACAUGUUGAUCUUGUACGAUGCCGUCGGCACCCUGGCAGACAACGUGGGCCCUGCGCUAAACCGCCCCGAGUACAUUGACACACUCAUGCAGCCGCUCACAGCCAAGUGGGCGGCGCUGGACGAUGCAGACCCUGACCUAAUUCCGCUGCUCGAGUGCCUUGCAUCGCUGACUAUUGCGAUGGGAUCAGGUUUCCAGCCGCAUGCACCGCCCGUGUUUCAGCGAUGCGUGAACAUUGUACACAUGAACCUGGUUGCCUACGAGCAAGCUGUGUCGAGCGGCAGCGAAGAGGAGUUGCCUGACCGCACAUUUUUGAUCGUGGCGCUGGACCUGCUGAGUGGUCUGUGCCAGGGCCUCGGUGCGCAGUGCCAGGAACUCAUUGCCAACGUGCAGCCAGCGAUCCUGCCGCAGCUGCUGCCUUGCAUGACGAAUUUGGAGCCGUCCGUGCGUCAGUCGGCGUAUGCGCUGCUGGGUGACCUGGCGAUCCACGCCUUUCCGCAGCUCAAGCCGUUCCUGCCGCAGUACAUGCCGCUGCUGCUCACGCAGAUCUGCCCCGAGCAGAUGCACGAGUCGCCGAGCGUGUGCAACAAUGCGACGUGGGCGGCCGGCGAGAUUGCGCUGCAGUACGGUGCGGAUCCCGAAUUCCAUGCAUGGGUGCCGGAACUGCUGUCUAAGCUCAUGGCGAUGCUGGUGCAUCCGAAGUGCCCCAAGAGCCUACUGGAAAAUGCAGCGGUGACGAUCGGUCGUCUCGGUCUCGUGGCGACGCCCAUGGUCGCCCCGCAGCUACACAUGUUCAUUGAGCCCUGGUGCCAGGCGCUGUGGGACAUCAAAGACAACGAGGAAAAGGAGUCGGCAUUUUUGGGCCUGUGCAUGAUGAUUCAUGCCAACCCCAACGGCGCAACGACUGGGUUUGCGUACUUCUGCAACGCGGUCGUGCGGUGGACCAAGCCCAGCGCGCGCCUCAACGAGGAGUUCCGCAAGAUUCUGUAUGGCUUCCGCCACAUGAGCGGCGAUAAAUGGGGCGUGCAUUUGGCGCAAUUCCCACCUAUUGUCCGCCAACGGUAUGUGCCUUGCACUCACAUCAGUCUGGAAGAGCGCUACGGUCUCUAG